CGCGAUUCUAGUCUUCCGUAUCGCGCCUCCCUUACAGCCCUAGACCCCUUUACAGAUAUCCGUAUAUGUUCAGAAACAUGGCUGGAAGAGCACCUUUCGUCGUACCUGCCCUCAAAAAGCACACCGCGACUGUCAUCGUUGCUCACGGGCUGGGCGACUCCGGCGCAGGAUGGAUCUUCCUCGCAGAGAACUGGCGCCGACGCAGCAAGUUUGAGGAAGUCUCGUUUAUCUUCCCAAAUGCGCCGAACAUUCCCAUCACCCUCAACAUGGGCAUGAGUAUGCCAGGAUGGUACGACAUCAAGUCCCUCAGCACCCUCACCGACCGCGCGGAGGACGAAGCGGGCAUUAUCAAGUCCCGUGACUACUUCCACUCUCUCAUCGACGAGGAAGUCGCAAAGGGCAUUCCUGCGAGCCGAAUCGUUAUCGGUGGCUUCUCUCAAGGAGGCGCCAUGUCUCUGCUGUCUGGCGUCACAUACAAGAACCAGUUGGGAGGUAUCUUCGGUCUCAGCUGCUACUUGCUGCUGCAGAAGAAGAUCAAGGACAUGAUCCCCACGGAAAACCCCAACCAGAACACACCCAUCUUCAUGGGACACGGCGACGCCGACCAAAUUGUUGCACACAAAUACGGCAAGUUGAGCGCGGAUGAGCUCACAAGCCAUGGAUACAAGGUCGACUUCAGGACAUACAAGGGCCUGGUACAUUCUGCAGAUGCCGACGAGAUCGACCACCUUGAGGCCUACCUCAACCAGCAGAUUCCCGCCCUCAGUGACAAGUCUGAGAACUCCCUUUGACUCUCUCGAAGCAUAUCCACGAGUCUCUCGACCGAAGCAACGACUGCCCUGGUGUUGGCUAUUACUUUGGUCGUUGCAUGGUUUGCCUGGUUCAAGGAGCGCAACAGCUCUGAGGUUGUGACAUCGAAGCCGACAUGAACAGCAGGCUGCUAAGAUUGGCGUGCAAGAAGAGAGAGUUCGUUCCUGCAAUGAGCGCGGUGGCAUGUUUGUUUUCUCGUUAACCCCCAAUACCCACAGUCAGUUUGACAGUAUCCCUACGAAUAU